AAUGUGGCAUUUAGUCGAAUUUAGUCCUUGCUGGAAGAUAGUAGUUGAAAGAUUUGCUUUCUGUUCAGUAAGUUCGUCUCUGGUCAUCACCUCUGGUUUACUGGGGCUAAUUGUGCUUCAAUCGUAGCUUGUAGUUUGUCUUCGAUCUUCAUCAUGAAAUCGAUCUUCAUAGUCUUGGCACUGGUUGCUGUAGCUGCAUGCGCCGAGGGACCCGUCGUCAAGAGAAGUCCUCAACCACAACCUCAACCCGCUCUUCAACAACCCCUUGCAGCUGAACCACACCCACCUCAUCAGCAAGCACGUCGAGAUGCUGAGGGUCCAUAUUAUGGUGGAGGCGACAAGGGUGGAUAUGGAUAUGGAGGCGAGAAAGGUGGUUAUUACGGCGAAAAAGGUGGAUAUGGCGAGAAAGGUGGUUAUUACGGCGAAAAAGGUGGAUAUGGAUAUGGAGGCGACAAGGGUUAUUACAAAGGUGGAUAUGACGGUGGGUAUAAGGGAGAUUAUGAUGGCGAUGGCUAUGGCUAUGGAGGUCACGGGAAGGGAGGCUAUUAUGGAGGGUAUGAGAAGCACAAUGGUUACGGUGGCGGCUAUGGGGGCUGUUACAAGAAGGGAUGCUGCUGCCCUUGCUACGAUGACUAUGACUAUAAGGGAGAUAAUUACUAUGGUGGAUAUGGUGGUUACGGUGGCGGUUAUGGGGGCGGUUAUAGUGGCGGUUAUGGGGGUGGUUACGGCUACUAAUCUAUCAUCGUCUUAUCAUCGUCUCUUAUCCCCGGUGAAACAUCAAAAUUACUACCAACAAUUAAAUUAUAACAUCUAUAUUUAUAUAUUCGAUCUAAUUCACCUGUUAA